AUGUCCUCCCUUCCGCCCACAUCACCCGUAAAAGGCCACACCAGAGCUUCAUCCACAGACGAACGACGAGGUUAGUGCUUGCCCUCCUCUCCACACACUGCUCCUAAUUCCCCUAGUUUCCGUCCCCCGUCGACGAACAAAAGGCCCCCUAGACCUUGGAGAGUAAGCCAUCUAUCCACCCCUCACCAAAGCAAACAAGGCAAACAAAGCCUCCCCUGCUCUUUAUUGCUUGACAGUAGAGCUAAUGAAUGCCCUCCAAGUCCCCCAUUCAAAGAUCACCCACUCCCGACUUCCCCCACAGCCGCCCCAAUCUUCUCGCCCGCCUCUCCGACGGCCCCGAAACAACAAAUGUCUUCCGGUCUCUUCGAUAUGUACCCGCCCACCAUAUCCCGGGACUUCAGCUACCUCCUCCACCCUCAGAACUUCCACCCGCUCCCCCAGCACACCAUCCCCGCCGCCUUCCGUACAUCAGCCCACCAGCCCACGGCAUCCACCUCCCUCCACACACUCCUGUCGACGGGACACUUCCGUGCGGCAGCCAUAACUGCCGCUAACCAGCUCACUAAUCCCACUUCCCCGACCCCGCUUACAACUGAGGAGAUAUUCGAGCUCUGGUACAUCCGACUGAGUAGUCUUAUACUCAUCGGGAGCACCUCCACCGCGGCGCAGGAAAUAAAAGUAUUCUCGGACCUCGGCUCCAACUUCUACCGUGAUGCACGGGGCGGGCACUUGGCCCCCUGGGAACUCCGAGUUCUCGCAGUCCGUUUACAGGCCAUCGGCGUAAGCGACUGGCGGCGGAGCAUAGCGCUCUAUUACGAGCUAGCCCGCGAAGCCCGCGGUGAGAUACUGAAGCGCGAAGCGAAACCCGACUCCCCGGAACACAGCGUUGAGGAGAUUUCCCUCUGGAGAGGGCGUCUCCGUGACUUGGGAAUUCGUGUCGCUAGUGCGCUGGUGGAAAUGGGUGACAUGGCGGCCGCCUCCCGACAUCUGGAGGGAUUCCGAGUGAGUGCUGAUGAUCAUGAACUCAAGGCGAUAUUAUGUCUGCUGUAUGUGCGCAUCGGGAAUCUGGCGGCUGCGAAGAAGGUCCUUCCGGCGGUGGGCGGGGAGGAUAUAUGUGAGAGAAUUCUCUCUACGCUGAUACUCAUGGGCGAGGCUAAGUGGGAGGAGGCUGCCGUUGCGUGGGGGGAGAUUUCCGGCACUAGGGGGAUCGAAGAGGGUGGGGAUAUGGCGAGCAAUAAUUUGGCGGUUUGUCUGCUAUAUAUGGGGGAUCUAAAGGAGGUGAUUGUUUCCCUUCUUGACAAUUCCUGAUCUCGUGCUGAUAGAAUGCUUGCAGGCCCGAAGCGUCCUUGAGUCUUUAAUCGAUAACGGAACCUCUUUCACUGGUCUAACCUUCAACCUCUCAACAAUCUACGAACUCUGUAGUGAUAAUUCAAAAGUUCUAAAAGCAAGUCUAGCGGAGAGGAUAGCAGCUCAAGGAAAGGAAAUGACAGGUGCUAGUUUCAAAAUGUAA